AUGCAUGGCCACCGCGAGCACGUGGCGGCCCCGAAAGUCGGAUGGGGCAGGGCGCCGGAUGGCGCGUGCGCCCCGCCCGCGCCGCCGGGCCGCGGGGCUGCCGGAGCAGCCGCGCGGGGAUCAGAGGCCGUCUGGGCCAGGAUAUUCAGGGAUCGCCAUGGGCGGCCAAUGCGUCGGUUGUUGUCUUCUUCUACCAAUGCCGCCCCACACCAAUCGUUUUUCAUCUGCGCCGUUCCCACCGUUUUCUCAUCAGCCUCAAACUUUGAAGAGCUGAGGUCUGCCCAAUGGCAGCUGCAGUAA